CUCGUCCUCGUCACUUUGCUCACGCUUUGGAGCAGCGCCGUUGCCGUUGCAUCGCCGCCAGCGGUGGCGUCGGCGGCGCCGGUGCGGGUCGGCGUCGUGCUGGACCUGACAAGCAUGGGGAGGUAGAGGCGCGCCUGCAUUUCCAUGGCGUUGGACGACUUCCACGCAGCUCACGCCGGCUCCGGCGCCGCGCGGAUCGAGCUGCUCGUACGAGACUCGCACGGUGAUCUCGCCACGGCCGCACAUGCUGCCGAGGACCUGAUUAAGAAUGGGCAAGUGCAAGCCAUCAUAUGGGGCCCUGCGACACUAACCAAAGUAGAUCAUGUCACACACCUGGGCCGUCGCCGCAACCAAGUCCCGGUUCUCUCCUUCCCCAGCAUUUCUCCAACAUCGUGUGCCUUCUGGCUGGAAGAUUCCGUAACAGUUCCUGGGUGCUAUGCAAAGUUUGGCUUUACACUUGGAAAUGACAGUAUAACCUUUCCUAAUUCACAAACCGGUAGAAGAUACAUGAGAAAACUAGGUACAAAAAAAUCAAGCAAGGGUUGCGGAGGUAAGAGGCUGAAGAUUGCCGUGCCGCACAAACCAGGUUUUCAAGUUUUUGUGGCUGUUACCGAUCCUAAUUCCAAGAAACAACAUGUCACUGGCUACAGCAUUGAUAUCUUUGAGGCUGCUAUGACGAAUUUACAUCCUCGCCUGUGCUAUAAAUAUGUUGCCUUCGGCGGUACUUAUGAUGAGCUAGUAGGCAACGUGUCUUAGGGGGUAAGGCUAACUCCUACACCACUUGCAUCUCAUCCUUUUUACGAGUAUUCAUAUGUUAACACUAUAAUUUCUUGUACCUAAAUACCUUUUCAUCUCUGCUAAUUUUCUGGCGGAUAAAUAGGUUUAUGAUGGAGCAGUAGGCGAUGUGACUAUAACGGCGGAACGAGUCACUACCACCGACUUUACAAUGCCAUACACACAGUCUGGUGUGUCUAUGCUUCUGCAUGCCGCGGAUGAACCGGAUACAGUCAUUAGUUGGAAUUUGUAAAGCCACUAAGUCAGAGGCUUUGGUUUGCAAUCAUGGCCUUUUUCUUCUAUACUGGCUUUGUCGUGUGGGUGAUUGAACUACCCAGAAAUCAGGAGUACCAAGGAUCAAGGUUGAGAUAGUGUAGCACUGCCCUCUACUUCAUUUUCUCCACUUUGACAUAUUCUCAUGGUCAGCACUUCAAG